AUGAACUUUAAACGGCAUCUUACCCUGAAGCUGCCUCUCCUCUACAAAGUACAAGUGGAUGUGGAAAACAAUUACUGGUAUGGUUUGCUUGAGCAGACUGAAGUAUUCACAUGUGCCUCUAGGAGAAUGGGAGUAUGGAAACAGGAUGAAGCGGAUGCUUGCAAGUAUCUCACCAGGGAUGUAAGAGUAGAUGUGCUUCCUAUUGACAAGUGUGUGCACAUGUUUAAUUGUCUUGCAAGGAACUCAAUGACUUCCUUGGAAGACCCAGCUUUGAGGAGCCUAUGUUUCAAGAUUGCAAAUCACUGUGAUUCAUUCAGUUUUGCUCAGUUAGUGGAGCUCCUUUAUUCCCUGAAAUUAUGGCCUCAAACUGCAUCAGUGAAAACUCCAAAUUUUUAUGCAUUAUGGAAUGGCCUGGAUCAAGCAUUUGUUUCAAGGAUGGCAUCUUGCAGUGUGAUUGAGACCAUAAAUGUUCUCCAUCUGUGGUAUAAGCUGCAUAUGAGUCGCAUUUGUGAGAGCCACAAUGUGGGAGUCCUGCAUUUGUCAGCCAAGUUGAAUUCUCUGUCAGAGGAGCAAUUUCUCUUCCUUCUCUUUUCCAUUAUUCUAUCAAGGAAAUGGAAUCAGAAACUCCCUCAGAGUGAGAUUGAAGCUAGGAUUUCUAGAGUCAUUCCCAACCUGAAUCUGGGCUUUUUGGGACUUGUAGCUGGCAGUUUCUUCAAAACACAACACUGUCCCCAAGAUAGAAGCAUCAUCCAAACUGCUAUUCGUCAAACUAUAGAAAGGCUCUCUGAAUAUUCAGCUGAUCACAUCUCUCUCGCAGCCAUUUUCAAAUGGAUACGGUUAUGUGCUUCUCCAAGUGAUGCUGAUGCUCUGCUUUCCCUUCAAAAGAAAUGCAUCCCAGUCAUUCCUCAUCUGCCAGCAACUUCAUGUAUCCACUUGGCACUCUCUGGUGUGAACAUACGCCUCCAAUUCCCGCCACUUUUGGAAGCAGUAGAGGAGAAUUUACGAUCUGCUGAUGAUACCUGUCCUUCUCUCAUCAUAGGUUCUCCCCAUUACUAUGAUGCUGGAAGGCAACUGCUGACACUAAAUGCAUCAUUGAAAGUGGAAUGCUGGCAUUAUGAGGGGCCAAUGCUCCCUCGGAGAUUGGAAGAAGAGCUCUUGCUUGCUGAUGUCACUCUAAUCAGUAAAUAUAGUCCAGACUUCCCAAAGAAGAGGUAUAGAGCUCGUUCAAUGCAAGAACAGAUGGUCAUCAAAUUCCAGCAGGAACUAUCUUCCUCUUUCAAUGUUCCUCAAGACUGGAUACCUAUCCUCUUGGUAUUCCUUUUGCUGGAAAGAGGUAGAAAGAAGGUGAUGCCAUUCAAGGCAGCUGCUCCUCAACUGAGAGAAUGCCCAGAAAAAAUUCUUUCAGUUAAUCCACCUGCUGGAUGUCUCCCUCUGGCAAUCAUUGUUGGUGCUCGCAACAUGUACUGUGUAAAUACCCUGGCCAUCACUGGCAGACUGCGGAUGUUGCUACGCCAACUCACCUUCCUUGGGCUUCAACCUGUUUUAGAAUGCACAGUGAUCAUGGCUGUUAGCAUCCGUGGUGUAGUUCCCUUGCAGGGGAAGCUGAUGACAUCUAGUUCUGGAAAUCAGGAAGAGUCAGAGACAUUGCACUCAAGUAGAAGGAGUUCUCAGACUCUCCAAGAUGAAAGGAGGACAGAAGAAGAAAAAACGCCUUCUAGGAGUCGAAGGGAUCGGAGGAGAAAGAACACUGCUGAGUCAUGCAACACUUCACUCAGUGAUACCAAGUCUAAAUCCCAAUCUCUAAUUCCAUUGAGACUGCUUGAUGACCUAAACAGCGAUGUGACACGUGGCAAAUGGGACGGCCCUUGUGAUUUGACGGGAGCUAGCCCCAUCACAUCUUAUGACAGUGAGAUGGGGAGUCGUGUUUUCAUGGAAUGUAAGGGUGGGUUCACAGCCAUGCAUCGUGACCACGUGAAGAUGGGACCUGGAGAUGAACAGCAACAGCAUGAAUUUGCAUCAUCCCAUGAUAAGGUCCCCGUCAUGUUCUCCAUUUACCUUCAAAUGCUCUGGGAAAAGUUUUACACAUGCUGCAUUGGCCUUCUGGCUGGUAUCUCCCUCCUACAAUUCAUCCUGGUUUGCCAUUUGUGGAAUGAAGAAGACAGAAGUUCAACAGCUUCUGCAAUGAUCAUUGGGCCACUGCCAUCUAUCUCCAUCAUCAUUCUGGCCCUCUAUACUAUUUGUGUCAUUGGGAUUCUGGAUAGGUAUGAUCUAGGAGGAGUGAGGGGACGUUCAAAUCCUUUUUCUUUUGGAUUUUUUUUGAGUGUAUUGCUCAUCAUCAUGUAUUUUGUUGGAUUUGCCUCAGCUCUCACUCUCUUUCAUCGAAAUGGCCAGCUCUUCUUCAUUCAGGGAGGCUCUUUUGUGGACAAGAAUGAUAUAUGGUUCAUCCUGAGCGUUCUUUAUUGCUCCAUACCCGUCCUCGGUUGGUGUUUGGUGGCAUGCCAACCCCUUGGUGAUGACUUCUUGAAGCUGCUUCGCACACUCCUUCCCUAGAACUCAGGAAUGGACCCAAUUUCGUCCUCACAAUCUUGUGUCGAUCUGUCAGUAACCAAUUGAUCUCUGUCAGAAACUGACCCUUGAUCUCAUUGACUUUUCUAGUCUAGUCUCAUCUAGUCAUCCCUUUUCAGUGAAUACAUAUUAUUUAUUCAUUCCUCCA